GUUCCGUAGGGUAACGUCUGGCUGUCUCGUCAGAGACUGCAGCAGAUCAAACAGUGAAGUGAACACACACACACACACACACACACACACACACCAGGGUGACCAGCAGGCGACUGAGAUGAAUUACACCGCAAAUAGUCUGUCCCUGAUCUCGAACCAGUAUCCUCAACGCCUCCCUCUGAAAGCAUGCAACAGUAUCUGCAACAGCUUCCUACCUACCAUUCGCUUCGCCUGUCCUGCACCACCUGACCUGCCGUCCUGCGUUCAUCUCCACUGUUACUGCUGCCCUGGAGUACCUUGAAUUGGAAUCCCACAUUAAUUUGCACCAACAAUAUACAAUUAUUUACUUAUUUUAUACAACGCCAGUUAUCAAGAUUUCUAGACUCUGCGUUGCUAACCAGAGCCGUCACGCACCGGUCUGUCCCUAAGAAAGCAUACUCAUUAUCCUGAGUUAUCCUGACAAAGCACUACCGUCACCCCUUCACCCCCGCCCACCCUUCUUCGCCAUCCUGACAGACCAACGCACUUCCGCUCUUUACAUAACACACCGCUGGCAUAAGAUGAAGCAUGGCGGAGUCUAGGGGAUAUAAACAGGCCUGGCUGGGAUCAGAGGACACUAACUACGACCACGGCAAACAUGGUGAAGCAGAUGCGGGACGCUGCCUUGGCUGCGGUGCUGACUGUGUUGGCUGGGGCGGGCAUCUGCGCCGCUAUGCCCAUGGAAUAUGAUGAUGAUAUGUUGCCCAAGGAGUUCGCGCCCUACGAGAUGAUCAGCGACGAGGGGACAUACGAGGUGAGGGAAUACGAGCCAGCAACGUGGGCGUGCUCCGUUCGUGGCAAGAUAAAGAGCAAGCGAGAGAUGAUGAUGAUGUUUGUUCGUCUGAUCCAGUACAUCAAUGGCGAGAACUCCCUUGGUGAGGAGCUGGCCAUGACCGGCCCCAUGACUAUGUACAAGGAGAUGUCAGAGCUGACUGGCAUCAAGAAAAUCGAGAUGUGCUACUACCUUCCCACCAGGCACCAGACCAGCCCUCCCACACCAACAGUAGAGGACGUUGUCAUCAACAGGAAGGACACCAUGAAAGUAGCUGUAAGGUCAUUUUUGGGGAAGAAGUUGUCAAUGGAAGACUGGGAGAUACAAAAGUUCAUGCUGCAGAAGGACCUCAAGCAAGCAGGUGUCAAAGUUGUCAACUAUGAGAACUGCUUUGGGACUAUGUAUUAUGACCCAGAGAGAGAAGAGUAUGUCACUGAGAUCUGGUAUGAAAUGCAGGAGUGAGGCCUGAUUGCCUGCCCAUCUAGUCCCAACCACAUAAUCUUCAAAUCAGUUUUGGUCUUUAAUUCAAUAGUUAUAAUUGAUCAAGCAAGUAAUAAAGCAGUGAACAUC